CUAAACGAUAAGUUGGAAUUAUGACGUCUUGCCCUUGAGACUAAAGGAUUCAGAAUAAGAAGAAACAAGACUGAAUACAUGGAAUGUCAUUUCAGCGGCCAUGAUACAGAUUCAGAGGUGGAAGUCAGGAUUGACUCUCACCUAGUACCUAAGGUAGACAGGUUUCGAUAUCUUGGCUCGGUAAUCCAGGCUGAUGGGGAGUUAGAUGCAGAUGUUGAACAUCGUGUUGGAGUGGCUUGGGCCAAAUGGCGGUUAGCUUCAGGGGUGUUAUGUGAUCCGAAGAUUUCGCCUAGAAUGAAAGGUAAGUUCUAUCGAUCCGUAGUCAGACCUGCUAUGUUAUAUGGGGUAGAGUGUUGGGCGGUUAAGAAGACUCAUGUGUGUCGUCUGCAUGCGGCGGAGAUGCGGAUGUUACGAUGGAUGUGUGGGAAGACAAGGUUGGAUAGGAUUUUGAACGAAGUUAUCCAACGUCAGGUAGGCAUGGCACCAGUGGAAGAUAAGUUGCGGGAAACGAGGUUGAGAUGGUUUGGCCAUGUGAGACGGUGGGAUGCUGACGCCUCUGUACGGAGAUGCGAGAGGAUUACGAUUAUCGGGGGAAGUAGGGGCAGGGGUAGACCUAGGAAGAAUUGGAAGGAGGUGAUUAGGCAGGAUUUAGGACUUCUCGACCUGACUGAGGAUAUGGCCCUAGAUAGGAACCUUUGGAAAACUAGGAUUAGAGUAGCUGGAUAGGAGCUCGGUGUUGUAGAGGCACACAAAUGCGGACUUCAUCAAAUUGUUCGAGCAAGGUUUGCAUAGCCUUUUCGGGACAAGCGAUGAGGAUAUUUGUUUUCCUUAGCUCUCUUCACAUGCUCAUCAUGGACUUUCUGCAGAAAAAGGACAGUGCAUCAAAAAGGUUGUUGCUCCUACAGAGGAACAAGUGAGGAACCCAAUCCUUUAGAAUCUUCGUGGAUUGAAUAACUCCUGAAAUGAUCAUUGUGAAUCAAGAACCAAUUGUUGGAGACAGCCACCUAGAACAUAUAAUCUCUAGCCAUUCCAUGGAGUUGGUUGAACCUGUUAUUGAAGGGACAAGUUCAAUGAAGGAGCAAGGAGGUGAAAUUCCCCAUAAGAUAGCUUGAUUGUUGGUUUUCUGCUUUCAAACAACUUGCUAAAUUGUACCUGUAGUUCACCAAUUGUGCUAAGCAAAUCAUCUACUACAUGUAGCAGUAGCGUUUCAGAUGAAAAAAGAAAUAUAGCUAGAGAGCGAGU